ACAACAAGAACGACAUUGUAAUAUCCAUCUGUAGUUAACCUCGUAUAUUUGGUAACCAAACUAAACGUACAAAUCUCCCAAACCCAAGGACGAUAUAUAAAAGGGCAUCUUAGAAUACAAACCCAACCACAUCGAUCGGCAAAUAAAAAUACCAAGAAGAAAAUGGCCCCAAGAAAUUCUCUUCAAUUUUUCUCACUACUAAUUUCUUCAUUUGCCAUUGUGCAGAUGACAAUGGCCGGAGAUCCAGAUAUCCUUACGGACUUCGUAGUGCCACCAAACUUGAGUGCAUCCAAAAUAACUGGAUCAUUCUUCACUUACACUGCUCUCAGAACCAUAGCAGCAGCUACAACCUUCAAUGUCACCAAAGUAAGCAUGAGCGAGUUCCCGGCGCUCAAUGGCCAAAGCGUCAGUUAUGCCGUUCUGCAGUACCCGGUGGGGACGACUAACCCACCUCACGUUCAUCCUCGCUCCGCUGAACUCCUUUUCCUCUUCGAUGGAUCUCUGGAGGUAGGUUUUGUCGACACCACCAAUAAGCUCUACACACAGACACUGCAAGCCGGCGACAUUUUUGUGUUCCCCAAGGGUUUGGUGCACUUUCAAUACAACGCCGAUCCCAAGGUAUUUGCCGUUGCAGUUUCGGCCUUUGGAAGCGCCAACGCCGGGACAUCGUCACUUCCAAAGGCUUUGUUCGCCACUGACAUUGACGAUGACGCUUUGGCUAUCUCUUUCAAGACUGAUGUUGCCACCAUUCAAAAGCUCAAGGCUGGUCUUGCUUCCAAGCCAUAAGGAGUAUCUCAUAUUGCUGAGGCAUGACGUAAUAAAUUCCAGUUGUUUUGUUAUAUUGGGUGGUUUGCUUUUGAAUAAUUAAUAAUAAUAAUAAUUUCUUUUUU